GGAGAAUGUUGUAACACAAAAUGCACGGCCUACUGAAACCAAAUUGUCAAGACAGGCCCGUACACGCAAAAACAAAAAACUUAGGCGUGAUCAGAAACAAGCCAAGAUGCUUCACGAGUUGGAUGUUGACAUCUCUUUGCUAAUCGAUGAUAUUGUCUUUGAUCCAUCUCAGCAUCGAAUCCAAUCUGCCACCCGAAAAAUAUCUGCUAAUAAUAAUAUUUAUUAUUUGGAGAGGGAGUGGACAAGUAUUCCCUCUGCUCUUCAGAUCGGAGAGACUGAUGUCAGCAUUGAGAGAUCAUCACCUAAUACCACUAAUAAGCAAUUGUGGGUUGCUUUCAGCCAGUGGCUAGGCUUAAAGGGGCAGGAUGGUCUAUUAAAAGAAAGCACAUAUGAUAGCACCUCAGGUUGUUAUGGAAAAAACUCCGCUACCGCUUUUAAUACUCGAAGAGAAAAGGCACGUCUGAUCAUAUCAGCACAUCAUAAUCUCCAAUCAAUAAGUGAAUUGGUCCAAUUCAAACAUAUAGCAGAACCAGAGUGCAUUACAGAUCUAA